AUGGGUUCGUCCUUGUCGAAUCUGAACGACGGGACGAAUGGUUUGGCUAUGGGACCUGGACUCGGAGAUAUACCGGAGAGUUGCGUCGCCUGCGUGUUCAUGUACCUGACUCCACCGGAGAUUUGCAAUCUGGCUGGGUUGAAUCGUGCAUUUCGUGGUGCGGCUUCGUCGGAUUCCGUUUGGGAGAAGAAGCUUCCUCCUAAUUAUCAGGAUCUGCUUGAUUUGUUGCCGCCGGAGAGGUAUCAUAGUCUCUCGAAGAAAGAUAUCUUCGCUGUGCUUUCUCGUCCAAUCCCUUUUGACGAUGAUAAUAAGGAGCUAUGGAUUGAUAGAGUUACAGGAAGGGUUUGUAUGGCGAUUUCGGCGAGAGGAAUGGCUAUAACUGGAAUUGAAGAUCGGAGAUACUGGAAUUGGAUUCCAACGGAAGAAUCUAGGUUCCAUGUUGUAGCCUACUUACAACAGAUUUGGUGGUUUGAAGUUGAUGGAACAGUGAGAUUCCAUCUCCCACCUGGUAUCUACUCUUUAUCAUUCAGAAUCCAUCUCGGGAGAUUCACGAAAAGGCUGGGACGACGCGUGUGUCACUUUGAACACACUCACGGCUGGGAUUUAAAGCCUGUAACUUUUUCGCUUUCGACCUCUGAUGGUCAAGAAGCAUCAUGUGAAUAUUACUUGGAAGACUUAGAGAGAGAAGAAGCGCUCGGGCAACACAAGCGCGGUUGCUGGAUCGAGUAUCGGGUCGGGGAAUUCGUAGUGAAGGGAUCGGAACCAUUGACUGAAAUCCAAUGGUCCAUGAAACAGAUUGACUGCACGCACUCGAAAGGCGGGUUAUGUGUUGAUUCAGUCUUCAUAAACCCAAUUGGUGAUGUGAAAGAAUACAAAAAGAAGAAGAUUUUGUGA